UCAACCGAGUAUCACCAUCAAGUAAGUGCAGUAUAUCUUAUGUUCUUGUAUUCUGCUUGUUGGGUUUUGUUUUUCAGAGGUAAAAAUGGAACGAAACAUCGGCAUAUCCAAAUGAGAAAACACCCUAAAUGAAAUGACGAGGGCAUAAUCUACGCCAGGGGAACAAACUUCAAAGAUUCAACGAGAGAGACCUCUACCGAUCAUUGUCUAUUCUGUGUCAAAGAUGGCGGUAUCGCAUGGUCGUUAAUUUCGGUUUCUUUAGGCGGUUUCACUGUAAAAAGACUCACUUUAUAUAUGUCUAAAUUAUCAGUUAUCACUUAACUAGUGAAACGUUACACGAAGGAAAAAUUGGUUGUGGUGUUAGUUACUUAGUUAGUAAUCAAUUGCAACCAGGAAUAGAUCCAACUACGUUUAAGAAGGGGUGCUCGUCGAGAAUUGGUCAUGGUUCAGGGCGGCUGUUGCCAAGUGCAUGAUCGCUAGUCUCAGGCGCUGGUCUAUAACCUUGCUUGACAAUUUGACAAUCAGGUUGCUUUCUCAUUUUGUCUUGAAUUUGUAAUUGCCUUUCCAAACCCAAAAGUGGAUUUGAUUAAAGAAAAUUGGCACCCUUUUCCCCCGUUUAUCGAGGCUGGGAGGGAUGCACACCCCAUGUACAUUCACUCCAGUAAACCCAUAUCACAGAUUAAGUAUGAACAGAUGUAAAAACGUUGUCCCACGGUUGCCAUCUUCCUAUGAUAAUUCGUCAUUUGGUUAUACUUAAUGAUACGCCGCCAUCUUCCUAGCAAGUGUCAUGACGUGUACAGCUUAGGGAAAUUUGAGGACACGAAGUCCUAUGAAGUUACACAUCUGGUGUCCCCGAGCAAAGCGGAAAAGUCGAAUACGAGCGCGAAAGGCUUGCUGGGAAUCGCUAAAAAAUUAAUGAAUUUUUUAGCGAUUCCCAGCAAGCCUUUCGCGCUCGUGUUCGACUUUUCCGCUUUGCACGGGGACAACCUUAAUUGAAAUAGCUGUAUACUAAAUGUGCCCAUACCUGAUUACGGUUAUCAUUAAUUGUGAUAGAUUUUCUCAUAAACUUUCAAUAUUUAAUGACUUCCAUUAUCUCUAGUGAUAUUUGUGAAAGAACGAGUAUCCGUAAAGAAGACGUUGUCUCUACAUUACAGUAUCUGGGUCUUAUUCAGUAUUACAAAGGACAGUACAUUCUGACUUUCACUAAAGAUAUUGUGGAAGGUCACAAGCGCGCUAUGAUAAAACGAAAACUGAGAAUUGAUCCGAAAUUUUUACAUUGGACUCCGAAAGAUUGGGCUAAAAGGGGGAAAUGGUGACGUGAUGUUGUCCCGCAACUGUGGCGUUGUAAACCUUUGUCACAGAAUAUCGACAUAUUCCUAGCCAGUGCGCUUACGAGAGGCAUUCACCCUCUGAAAAUAUUCAAAAUGGUGGGCGUUCAUGGGGCGAAUGCUUCUCUAAGUGCACUGGCACAAAAUAAAGACACAAAAAAGCGUAACGCUGCCACGCCAUGAUUCCUCAUCAUAAUGCUGACGCCAUGGUCCUAGCCAGAGGGAUGCCUCUCAUUAUCGCACUGGCUAGGAUCAUGGCGUCAGCAUUUUGAUGACGAAUUACGGUUACGCCCAUUCUCGUACCCAGAGCCCUUCUUACGUGCGUUCGACCGAGCCCUCGUCGCACCGCACGUAAGAAGGGUACGAGAAUGGGUUACGCCAAAAUCAUAGGAGAAACCAAGAAGUCGGGCUUCAGUAGAAAGGGACUGGAAGUCAAUUAACGCCAUCUUUGGCUUCAGUUUGGCGCCAAAGUCAUUCUAUCGCUUUGUUUAUGUUUGUCUAGCCUACCGUAUUAACGAGAUUAUUGUAAUCUUGUUGGGGGUAUAACGAAUAUAUCUAUCUUCGAUCUUGAAGGCAAUCACAACCCUUGACCAUAUUGUAAGUGAAACCUGAGGGUUUGAUCUCUUAUUGUAACUUUGUUGUAUAUAAUUAAUUUGUACAUAUCUUGCAUUUUAAAAUAAUUUUUGCAAAAUGAUAAUUAUGGCAUUAUUAUGCUAUGCUCAAUGUGUCGAAAUAGAUGCCUUUGAUGCUUAAUUUCUUACUUUACGUUAUUGUUUCAUUUUGUAAUUUUGGUUCGUGCAAUAGACCUUUCCCCUUUUAAGUGAGAUUUUGAUCUAGACAAGUCUGGACAAAAAUUUCAUUACAGCUUGAAAGAGCAUCGCACAAUUAGUAAUAUUCCGAAGUUUCGUU